AUGGCGGCAACCACCGCGGCAACGACGCCGAGAACGGCAAAAACACAGCAUCCGACGUCCAAUACACCUACAGCCACUCUAGCGCGUUUGAUUUGGCGUGGCUGUCUGUCAUUCCAGGGCUGGCCACUUGAAGGCUUCUGCUUUACUACAAAUACUUACCCACUUCCCUCCCCCAACAUCCACAGCUCCAUCGACGAUCUCACUUUGGCUUUGGAAAUGACGCGACAUAGACCAUUGCGUGUAUGCGACAGGCUCAAUUUGAAUUUAGACAAGUGGAUUAUAGAAAAUACUUACAUCACAGUGUGGGUAGAUCCACGCGCAAUUCCUUCAAAAAGGUGGUUAGAACGCGUCUUCGGUGCUUCGUCUUCGACGCAUCUACACGCCGUCAUCGUAUCGUUGGAUGACGUAGCAGAUGAGCCAGAUCCGUCUAAUGAAUUCAUUAUCUUCCGCGAUAACGCAACUCAAUCUCUCAACUUGGGCAGGCGGAAGAAGAAAGUGAGAGAGAGUGCGAAUGUCGCAAGGCCAGACGAUCCUCUGCCGAGAACCAAUGUACCUGCCCAGCCAAAGCUGGCUCCACUCGACAGGCUUAACAUGCGCAAGUCGAGUAGUGAGCUCUCGAGACUAUUCCCCUCAAGGCCAUCGUCUGAGUCUUCCCGGCGAUCUUCAGACAAAGCAAUGAAGCCUCCAGAAAGCAAACGAAAGAGAAGCUCUCUCAUACCAGCUGCAGUAGACGCCAUAACAGACUCAGACACAGAUGCAUCUAAGGACUCUACCGUCUUCGGCACACCAUCCAACAAUCAAACCCAAGCCAAUAACAAAUCAUCCUUCAAAAAUCAGAUGCUAGCAACAUUUGCAAACUACAAUCUCAGCCAAUCACAUCCCGAAUUCAACCAACUUUGGUCGAUUUGCAUAAAAGGUGUUUCAUUCGCAUUUAGGCAUAGAAUCCAUACCGAUAUCAUCGACAAAGAGCAGAUUGAUCAGGUAGUACUGAAACACUUGUCCAUGUACCUCCCCAACAGACCUUCUGUGAAGGUUGUAAAGUAA